CCUUGUGCACUGUGCAGUCGGUUGAUCGUCACUCAGUGAAGAUGGCGAUGAGAGUAGCACUCCGCUGCGUUUCUGCAAACUUUUCCCACAAGGGUCCCCGUCUCUCGCACCUACCACAGAUUUCAGCGGCUCUGCAGUUAAGGAGGACUGACCUCACACGGACGUUAAGUACCACCUCACAGUUGUCCACAGCUCUAAAGUUUACAGAUAAGCACGAGUGGGUCCAAGUAGAUGGUAAAGUCGGCACUGUCGGCAUCAGCAACUUUGCUCAGGAAGCCUUAGGGGAUGUGGUGUACUGUGGCCUUCCUGAAAUUGGUCAAAAGCUGGAAAACAUGGAGGAGUUUGGGGCUUUAGAGAGUGUGAAAGCUGCCAGUGAGCUGUACUCUCCACUGACUGGGGAGGUGACUGAGGUCAAUACCGACCUGGCGGAAAAUCCAUCACUUGUGAACAAGGCCUGCUACAAAGAGGGGUGGCUUAUCAAAAUGACAAUUGAAAACCCCUCAGAACUUGAUGGCCUCAUGGACGAUGCUGCCUAUGAGAAGUUUAUUAAAUCUCUUGAAUAAAUUGGAUAUGACUAAAUAUCAAUAGACAUACAGGCCAAGGCUGGUAAUGAAAUCAAAAUCAAAUUGCUGCCGUGUUGACUAACAUCUGAUUUGAGACUUCUCAAUUACGAUAUUUAUUUUGAUUCUGGAUUUAUGUAAAAUAAUCAAAAUAACCAAAAAUGUUGUCGUAUAAUGUCACAUUAAUAACUUUGAUGUAGAUGGAAAGGCCUUUUCUAUCCACGACACAACCUCAGGGGCAUGUGAUCCAACCUUGUAGGUUUAUCUGUCAAGUUUUUGUUGUUCUUCAAAUAGCAUAAUUCUUGUGUGAUGCACAAAAAGGGAUUGUAAAUGCUCUGUAUCAGAUACAUUAAAUUACACCCGCUUUAACUUUUUUGAUUGUUUUUGUCACAAAAGAAACCAUACCAUCUCUAGGACUCAAAUGGUAUCCAAAUGUAUUACUCAUAUAAUUGUCCUACUUCAGCACACAACUGAAAUUAUAUGAACACUAGCAGCUUGAUGUUCUAGUGAUUGAGAACGUCAAGGACAUGGGUUGCAAUCCUGAACAAUCUGCCUCUUGUUGCCAUUUUAUCUUUUAUCUGACCUUUGCCCUCCGUUUAAGAUAGACACAGUUUGCAAAAGCGAGGUUGAUCAAUAAUUAAUGGGACAGGGGUUUUGAAAACGAAGUGAAUAUGCUUGAUAUAAGCCUAAAAUAUAAGCAACGGCAUGCAAAAUCUGACUAAGAAAAUGCAGUUAUGUUGACAUCUCUGGGGGUCAAUCAAUUUACUUUGCCUGCUUUCAAAGUUUGAAUUGCUUAUUCAAAUAAUCACAUAACAAAAGGUUUAGAUUGAUAUUUCUAUGGAAAUAAUUCAUCAUGCAAAUAUUCAGACAGUAAUUCAAUCAACAAAAUCAUAAUCUGUCAGUCAGCUGUUUCUUACAGGCGAUAGCUUUACUUACCAAUUCCCAAAUUAAAGUUAUAGAAUUAGUACUCAGCAUUAUUUUUAACUAAAUCUCUUGGAUUAGUUUUUAAUUAGAAUAAUGUAGAUCUUUCUUUGAAAAUAUUGACAGAGACUCAACUGUAAUAAAUCUCAAGGUGGACCAUCUCUGUCAGUGAUGGGCCGAUGAUGCAACAACGAGGGAGGAAGAAUAGUAAUCUCAUGAGCACCAUUCUUUUUCCAGAUGGGAUUUACUGCUGUGGACUGAAAUGAUUCUGAAGAUGGUCAUGGCAACGGACCUGCUAAAGUGUUGGUAGACAACAUCAAGUGAACUGCAGAUUCAUUCAAAGGUUGCCAAUUUUGUCAGAUCAACCAGAAAGAUAAAGCUCAUAUAAAAUAAAGAUGAAAGAUGAAACUAUUCUACAUGGAGUGAAGAUAGAUUGUGCACACUCUUUCAGAUUGACUUUCCCCCGAUCAAAGGUACACUGAGCAUACUAACUCAGUCAGCACCCAUAAUGGAUGGUGCCUUGGGUAUAUUAAUUAUACCUGAUUAACAAUCCCGAUUGUUGAGUUGGUCAGGUAGCACUCUUACAGAUGUCAGGCCUAGGGUUGAGUUAAAUUGUUGAAAUAAAGAACAGUGUCAUACAUAAAAUUCACUUCUAUUCUUAGUUGGUAGAAAAUAAGAACAAUAUGUAAUUUGCUAUUCUAGGCUUGCAACAUAAGCCAUUUAAGCACUCCACAAAUAUUAAGAUAUGGACGUAAUAUUUAGAAUUUAGAUAUUGAUCAUUAUUUAUUUAUUGAAUACAAAUUUAAAUUGUGAUGCUAUUGGGCCAUAGUGCUGCAUUCAACCCUGUUGACCACUCAAUACUUUUGGAAGGAUAUAAAGUUGGGUUUGGCUUUCCGGCACAGUCCUGGUUCAUGUCAUAUAUACAAGAAAGGAAUUACUUUGUCUCCAUUGGUAACUAUGUAUCUGAACUAACCACCGUGAUGGGUGGUGUCCCCAAAGGUUAAGCCCUAUACCAGGUUAUUCAACCUCCAUGCUCUCACUUAGCCAAAUUAUUCAAAAUAACAACAUUGCUUACCAUUGUUAUGCAGACGACACACAUCUAUAUAGACCUAUCACUAUCAAAACUGAGAUAAUUGUUUUCAGGGCCAGAGAUGAGGGACUGACAUUUUGCUUACACCUUGGGUGCCUCUUCUUGAAACCAAAAACCAGACUAGAAAUCUUGGUGUUCAAGACUUCAAAAAAUUGUCCAUUAAUUUCUAACUAGAAGGU